AUGACAUCCACCUUUGAAGGCUUUGCAAGAUCUUUUGGAGGGAGCAGUGAGCCCUGGAAGGCUGGCAUGCAUGAGAGCCGCGUGGCGGUGGUGCUUCCGAUCUUCCAGCGCCCGGAAGGUGAAGAAGCCUUCAUUGCGAAGUGGGCCAAGACAACUCAAGGAAGGCACCGUAACGUUUGCUUUGAUGUUCAUUGCUACCACUGCUUUGAAAACCAGUUCCAUGGAAAAACUUUUGCUGAACAGCUCAGGGCUGUUGAGGAGAACAGCAAGAUGUUCCAGCGCUACCCGAUGGUGGCAGGAGAGUGGGCACUUGGCUUGGGCCGAGCCACCUGGUGUACCUGCGGCGACAUGGAUGAGGACACAGUGAUCAGCAUUUUUGGUGCCCAGCAGAUGGAAGCUUUCAGGAAUUCCUCCCAUGGCUCCUUCUUUUGGAAUUGGAAGGAGGAUCCCGAAGACAAGGAGUGGAAUUUCCAGUUGGCCUACGAGCAGGGCCUUUUGAACCGCCCAGCACUGGCCCUUCCACCUUGGGAUCACACCGGCGAGGAUCCCCUCGAGGAUAUUCUACAUCCGUCUCCAGAAGAUCCUGUAGUUUACUAUGGUCUCUCAGUUUGCACUGAAGAGUCAACGCAGAAGGUGGAUUGUUCGUGGGCCGACAAAGGGCAGUGGCAGGCCUUCAUAUUCCACGAAGCCUGGCCCUGCAAAGAGCCUCGGCGUCCCGUGAAGCAUCGGGACAUUGUUCGGAUCCAGGGGCAUAACAAGCACUUUGUGGCAGUGACCAGCCUCUUGGCUAGAGCGUUUUCUCCACUCAUGGCCUUGCAAGUUCCCGACCCGACCCUGGCACUGCAAUUGUUAAGAUUGGAGCGAUAUGUGGCAACAUCAGCUCCCAAGCAUCAAAAGCGGCGUAGGUACUUUUUCAGCCGGGCGACCUCCACCACCAUUGACGCAGAUGAUGAGGCAGACGGCAUCUUCGCACGAUGGGCAGACUUCGGCGAUUGGCAGGCCAUUACAGUGGAAAGGCCACCCGAGCUGCAGCGUGCGGUGGCAUUGCCACAGCCAUUGCCACAGCCGCGUCCACGACGUCGGACGAAAGGCCAUAAAGAGAACAACAACAUCUUGUUAGAGUGA